GAGAGAGGAGAGAGCGUGCGUAGACCUGGUUGUCGGCUCCUCCUCUUUCUGGGGGCAAAGGGUAGACAGUACUGGUCUGGACCUUAGCGCCUCGUCCACGCUUGCAGACUCCAGCCAUGGCGGGUCCUGAGUGGGAGUCUCUGGAGCACAGUUUGGAGAAGCACCUGCCUCCUGCAGACUUGCGGGAGGUGAAACGCGUUCUCUAUGGCAAGGAAACCAGGAAGCUCGAUCUGCCCAGCAGGGCUUUGGAAGCCGCCUCUGAAGGGGACUUUGAGCUGCAGGGAUAUGCCUUUGAGGCCGCAGAGGAGCAGCUGAGGCCGCCUCGGACUGUGCGUGUGGGACUCAUUCAAAACAGAACUCCCCUGCCUGCAGAUGCCCCCGUGGCAAGACAGGUCGCCGCCCUUCACAGAUGCAUCGAAGCCAUUGUAGAGGUGGCCGCAGUGUGUGGGGUGAAUAUCAUCUGUUUCCAGGAAGCCUGGACUAUGCCCUUUGCCUUCUGCACGAGAGAGAGGCUUCCUUGGACAGAAUUUGCAGAGUCGGCAGAGGAUGGACCCACCACGAGAUUCUGUCAGAAGCUGGCAAAGAAGCAUGACAUGGUGGUGGUAUCUCCCAUCCUGGAACGAGACAGAGAGCACGGGGACGUUUUGUGGAACACAGCUGUGGUGAUCUCCAAUUCUGGAGCAGUCCUGGGAAAGACCAGGAAAAACCACAUCCCCAGAGUGGGUGACUUCAAUGAGUCCACUUACUACAUGGAGGGAAACCUGGGACACCCCGUGUUCCAGACUCCAUUCGGGAGGAUUGCAGUGAACAUCUGCUACGGGCGGCACCAUCCUCUCAACUGGCUCAUGUACAGCCUCAACGGGGCUGAGAUCAUCUUCAACCCCUCAGCCACCGUCGGCGCACUCAGUGAAUCCCUGUGGCCCGUUGAGGCCAGAAACGCAGCCAUCGCGAAUCACUGCUUCACCUGUGCCAUCAACCGCGUGGGCGAGGAGCAAUUCCCGAACGAGUUUACCUCAGGAGAUGGGAAGAAAGCUCACCGGAACUUCGGCUACUUUUACGGCUCGAGCUAUGUGGCAGCCCCGGAUGGCAGCCGCACCCCUGGGCUCUCCCGCAAUCGGGACGGGCUGCUGGUUGCAGAGCUCGACCUGAACCUCUGCCGGCAGGUGAAUGACAUCUGGAACUUCAAGAUGACUGGCAGAUACGAGAUGUAUGCUCGGGAGCUUGCCGAAGCUGUCAAACCCAACUAUAGCCCCAAUAUCGUGAAGGAGUAGCUGGAUUUUAGCCCCUGGCUGCCAAGGAGAGCACCUCUGCCCCUGGCAGCUCAGCGAGUACAGCAGGCUUUAGAAAGUCCAAGUUCUCCCUUAUGAUGUCCUGGGAACACUGCUGUCCACAUUGGUUUUAAAAUGCUCCAGGCGGGGAGGGCCGAUUGAAGAGUAACUGCCCAGUGGGUACAACGUUUCCUUCCUGGCUGAUGAAAUGUUUUGGGCCCAUGCAGAAGUGACGGUUGCACAACACCGUGAAUGUGCCCACGUGAAAUGCCGCUGAAUUGUAUACUUUAAAAUGGCUGAAUCUAUGUCAUGUGAAUUUUACCUCCAUUAAAGAAAAAAA